CUCGCAGUCCCACCUACUCCAGAGUCCAGAUCCAGAGAGACAGCGCUCACAGCUUGGUGUCGCCGGCGGCUGGCCAUGGAGCUGCGAUCAGGCCGCUGCGUCGUCGUCCCGACGCCGGCGGCACGAUGCGGCGUGUCGACGUCGUGGCCCCUCGGCUCAGAAAGUUCAGGCUGCUGUCCUGUGGGAACCGGGACUGGGUCAUCAAGUUCUCCGAGUCCAAUAAUAUCGACAACCUCUCGUUCAAGUACUGCUCCAUAUCGUCUUGUUCCGUUGGGUUUGCUUGCUGGCGCCUCAAGAGUCUGGACAUGGCCAUCAUCGAGUCGAGCUCGAGCACCAGCGAGCAGGGACGACAUGUCGUCGAUAAUCUUGUCCACGUGUUUUCUCUGGUGAUAAUCAUCUUCGGCGGUGAUCCUAGCGCAAAUCGGAGCUUCGCGGAGGAGAUAGCAUGCCUUCCAGUGACCAACUUCUCUGUUCUGAAGCUGGAAGUACCUAUACUGCAGUGCUUUACUGGACUACCAGUCGUGCUUCAUCACCUGCUCACCACUCUGAAUGUUAGAAGGCUCCAGCUGGUCAUAUCCCGAUACACGGCAUCAUCAGUUGCAAAACUUCGUACUCCCAUCAUGGUGGUAGAUGAAGAUUUCUCCUACCCUGAGCUUGAAGAGGUCGAAAUUGAAGGCUUCGAUGUAACUCAUUAUCAUCAGCUUCAUUUUCUGGAGGUUCUAUUCAAGUCUGCACCUGUGCUAAAAAUUGUGCGAAUCAAUUUGUCAUCGGGGGUUUCACAAAGUCACCUGGGGUACAAAGAACUCUCCAGCAUUUUUCAGGCAAAUGCUACGGUGCAAUCAUUUGUGAAUGGAAGUCUUCAGAAAUGUGAUGAAGACAAUCUGCCCCAGGCCCCAUCGUCGCAUCGCAUGUAGGCGGUAUAAUCGGCUGGUAGGCGCCAUUAUGUGUCGCCAUCCUGCCUUGCUUGCUCUUCGUGCUCCAGCCUUGAUGUUUGUUAACUAAUUGAAGCUAUUAGUACUUUUGAUGUUUUUUCCAUAUAUUGCUUCCGUGUUUUAAUUCGAUCGAAACAAUUUAUUCAAACUUAAGAGGCCUUUUCUAGUCCAUGGAAUUGGUUGCUUUUUCAAUGGCUUCUAUUGCCA